CAGAACCACCUACCCAGUGCUAAAUCGAAAGCUACUGGUAUACUAGGUUAUCCCACUCCUACUAUCUCUGUUGGAGACCUGGUUUACUUGACACGUGACAAGGACAAGCUAAAAGCUCGCGAAAAGUACCUCGUUAUUGACAUCGACCCAAGCAAGAUGUGCCACCUACGGAAAUUCACAAGCUCACAGUUUCGAAGCAAAGUCUACCUCGUACCUAUGGCCGAUUGUUAUCCGUUGAAGCCCUCAGUUGUAGCUCAACCCUCUCAAGGACCUGUCCGUGGGCAGGAUGAGCGACUAGAGUCCGAUUCCGACAACGAGUAUAAUACCAGUACAGAGGCCGAAGAACAUACUAGAAGUGUUACUCCACCAAUCAUCGUACCACCUUCCCCUCCAGUAGCCGAUGCCAUUAGCGGCAUAUCUGCUCCACCCACCCCCACAACCACUGAAGCUGUUGUGGCCUGCAAGCAUUCGUCUUCAGUCGUGCCUCCCCGAAAAUCAGUCCGUGAGCGAAGACCUCCUUAUUGGUGCACCCAGGAUUGGGAUUUGAAUCGUUAUUGA